CCACCACUUCCUUAUUCUAAUUCCACAUUUCCUCUCGCUCCCCACCCCCUUCCCUCUGCAUUGCCUCCUCCUCCUCCUCUUCUCCUCUUCUGGCUCGUGUGAUCUCUCACCUCUCUCUCUGGGCCUCGCGCGCACGCGGAAUCGAACUCGUCUCUUUGUCUGGAGUAGGCGCCUUACUCGUUGGAUCGGCGGCGUGGUGACGGAGCAGUACCUUUCGACGCAAGGUUGGAGCUUUGCACUCCCGGUUCCUUGUUGCUUGAUCUCGAUGCGAGUCUUUGGCUUUGUGAUUCUCAAAGGGCUUUCUUUCGGGGGGACGUCUAAGAAAUUGACGGACAUAUCUAACUCAUUGGUACUUGCAAAAUGGGUUGCUUUACCAUCUUGAAGCACAAGAAGAAGAAAAGUGGCAAUUUGUCUAGCAGAAAACCCCCCAACAUCAAAGAGAAUGCAACAUUCACACUUCCUGUGCCAGAGUCCCAUGGGCCGUCUCUCCAAUCUGCCCCUCCAAGUUUCAGAAACCGAACAAAAUCUCAAUCUGCCAGUCAAUAUCCAAACAUCAGAACCAGAGCAUUGUCUGCCCCUUCUAGCCUUGUUGUGGCUGAGCGGGAUGCUCUUGCUUCCAUGGAGUUUGAUGACCAAGAGGAGUAUAGGGGCAGAGGUCGGGUGGUGAAGGACCAACACUUUUCAAAUCCUCUACCUCUUCCACUCCCGUCGCCGCAGGCCAACUCAGUUUUAAAGAAUUUGGGAAGCUUCAAGUCAAGCAGCGCCAGCGGUCCUAUUGCCCCCUCUGGCCCACUCCCAUUGCCACCACUAGGGGGAGGUUUCCGGAAAUUCUCAUAUGAAGAAGUUUCAAGUGCAUGUCUGCAUUUCUCUGCUGACCGUUGCAUUUCAGAAGGCACCUCAUCUACAAUUUAUAAGGCAAGCUUUAGCGAUGAUACGAUGGGGUCGAAGAAGACUGAAGCCACAGUUACUCGCGUAUUGCAUUCCAUGCAGGGGUUGAAGGAAUUUGUUAACGAGGUGAAUGUGCUAGCUUCACUGCAGCACCCUAACCUUUGUAAGCUGAUUGGAUUUUAUGCUCAAGAGGGUUCUGGUGAGCGGAUAUUGAUUUACGAGAGGCUUCACCAUGGAAGUUUAGAUCGGCUGCUUCAUGGAAGAUCAGAUGGUCCAUCCAUCGGUUGGUGUACAAGGAUGAAAGUGGCUCUCUGUGCUGCAAGAGGUCUUGCAUUUUUACAUGAAGAAGGCCCUUUUCAGGCCAUGUACCAUGAGUUUUCAACAUCAAAUAUACAAGUUGACAAGGAUUUCAGUGCGAAGCUAUCAGGAUACGGAUGUGUCUGUUACAAUCCGGAGACAAGCAUUUCAAGUUCUUCUAUUGCUUGCCUAUCAUUGGAGACCUUGGAGAAAGGGUUGCUGACUCCUAAGAGCAAUGUGUGGAGUUUUGGAAUUGUCCUUCUUGAACUGCUGACCGGCCGGAGGAAUCUUGACAGCCGAUAUCCUAAAGAAGAACGGAACAUUGUGAAGUGGAGUAGACCUUUUCUUGAUGAUGAUUGCCGCCUGUCGCUUAUCAUGGAUCCCCGCAUCAAAGGACGGUUCCCUUCCAAAGCUGCCCGAACUGUUGCAGACAUUGCGAUGAAAUGCCUUCAGAAGGAUCCUUCGGAGAGGCCCACCAUGAGGACCAUCGUGGAAUCACUGGAGAAUGUCCAAGACAUGAAAUACCCUAGCCGCUACCCUCUUCAGGAGCCAUCCGUUGUUUCAGGAAAACAGAUGCUAAAGUCUCAAAGCAUAAAUGGUAUCAUCAUCCCCACACCACCACCACCAACAAAUUUCUCACCAUCGCCGCCACAACCACUAUCGUCCCCAAGAGUUUCAUUGUCCAUCCCACUUCCGCGACGAAGCUGUUCUACCACAGUUUCACUAGAAGAUAAUAGGAUAAGCAGCAGCAGCAGGAAACCACCCUCACCUACGCUGCCGAGGCCUAGAGUUGAAGGUUUUUAAUUGUCCAUAUUUUUUUCUUCUUAUUUUUUAUUUUUGUGCCUUAUAUAUUUUGUGAUUUUGGCGUGCUAUAUGAAUACAUGGUAUACCUGUCUACCACUCAACAGUAGGGAAAAGGGUUACAAUUUAUUUGUAGAUAAAAGAUCAGUGCCAGCCUUGCAUUAUGAUUGGAACCAAUCAGUUAGUUCUCUGUUAUGGUGAAGUGCAGAGUGGACUUUGUUCAGCCUCUGUAUAUAAUUUAGAUCUGCUUGUCUUCUGCUAA